AUGGCCGCUGACACAGGAAUGGAUACUUGCCCUAGUCCGGAAAUCACGGACUCUAGAAAACGACCCCUGGAUGGCGAUUCAGAAAAUGGGGAUGUCAAGAGGUCACAUUUUAGCUCGGUUCAAGACUUGGUGACGGCCUUGCCACUGGCUAACGGCCAUGGCAAUAUAACGUCUCAUUUCGCGGUGGAGCCGACGUACCACUUCAAGCGCAGCUGCAGAAGGACACGGGGGCCAGGGUCAAGAUGUCCAAAUCGCAUGAUUUCUAUCCAGGUACAACAGAGCGUGCGUGUCCUCAUAACGGGGUCGGUGGAGGGCAUCAUGGUGGUGCUGGACUUCAUCAUGGAGAAGAUCAAGGAGAAGCCGGAGCUGGUGAAGCCGUUCCCGGAGGGAGUGGACGCCAAGAUGCCGCAGGAUAGAGACAAGCAGGUGAAGAUCUUGGUGCCGAACUCUACAGCUGGUAUGAUAAUAGGAAAGGGGGGCAACUACAUUAAACAGAUCAAGGAGCAGAGCGGCAGCUACGUACAGAUAUCUCAGAAGGCGAAGGAACUGUCACUACAGGAGAGGUGCAUCACUGUUGUAGGUGAGAAGGAGAACAACAAGAAGGCCUGCCUGAUGAUCCUCCAGAAGGUGGUGGACGACCCUCAGUCCGGCUCGUGCCCCAACGUGUCGUACGCGGACGUGGCCGGGCCCGUGGCCAACUACAACCCCACCGGCUCGCCGUACGCCGUGCCCACCACUGAGGUGACAGAGAGUCACGCUCUCGUGGGUGGCGGGUCUGUGGGCGGCGUGGGCGGUGCGGGCGCUCUCGGCGGCGUGGGCGGUGUGGGCGGCGUGCUCGUGAACGGCUCCGGCCUGGGCUCGCUGUCCCUGUCUCUGUCGCUGGCACCGCCCGGCACCCCGCCGCCGUCCCCGCUCACACAGCACACGCUCGACCACAUCAAGGCGGCGCUGCGCCAGGCGGGCUACUCGGAGGCGGGGCUGAGCGAGAUCGGCGCGGCGCUGGCUCUGCUGGUGAAGCACGGCGUGCUGGGACUGGCGCUGCCGGCCGCGCUGCCCGCGCCGCUGUCCGCCGCCUACUUCCCGCUGCAGCCCAGCGACUCGCCCGCCGUGUUCGGGCCGCUGGCGCAGGUCCAGCUCGGCGGCGCGCGCGGCGGCUCGUUAGAGCGUUUCGCGGAGGUUGCAUUCGAGGCGCUUCGCCCCCCAGCCGUGGCUCCCAUCUCGCUGUCGGGCGGCGUGGGGGGAGUGGGGGGCGUGCCCGGCUUCCCCUCCGCCAGCCUGCUGCCGCUCUCCAAGAGCCCCACGCCCGCCGACGCGGGCGCCAAGGACUCGAAGAACGUCGAGAUCCCGGAGGUCAUCGUCGGGGCCAUCCUGGGCCCCGGCGGCCGCAGCCUGGUGGAGAUCCAGCAGAUGUCGGGCGCCAACAUCCAGAUCUCCAAGAAGGGCACGUUCGCGCCGGGCACGCGCAACCGCAUCGUGACCAUCUCGGGCACGGCCACCGCCAUCAGUAACGCGCAUUACCUCAUCGAGCAGAAGAUCCAGGAGGAGGAGCUCAAGCGCACGCGCCACAACGCGCUCUCCGGCCUCAUGCAGUAG